AUGGCGAUCUUCCGCUAGGCCCUCACCGGUAAAUUGACUCUCUCGGCUUCCGUUACUCUCUCCGCUUUAUCCUCUUGCCCUUCGUCGCCAUGGCGGCCAUGAGCUUGUUGCAGCGGGUUUCGGUCACUACACUGGCAGCUCUGUCUGGCCGCCGCCUCGGUGCUCGACUCGGAUUCGGGGGCUUCCUCACCCGUGCUUUGCCGAAGACUGUCGCUCCUGUUCGACACAGUGGAGACCGUGGGAAAAGACUGUUUAUCAUUAAACCUUCUGGAUUCUAUGACAAGCGUUUUUUAAGAUUAGCGAAAUUCUACAUUUUGUUGACUGGGAUUCCAGUAGCAAUUAUCAUAACUCUGGUGAAUGUAUUCAUUGGUGAAGCUGAAUUAGCAGAAAUUCCAGAAGGUUAUGUCCCAGAACACUGGGAAUAUUACAAGCAUCCUAUAUCAAGAUGGAUUGCCCGCACUUUCUACAACUGUCCUGAAAAGAAUUAUGAAAGAACAAUGGCUAUCCUUCAUAUUGAAGCCGAAAAGGCUGAAUUACGGGUAAAGGAGCUGGAGGUACGAAAAUUAAUGCAUGAGAGAGGCGAUGGACCCUGGUAUCAAUAUCCAACCAUUGAUAAGGCACUUAUUGAUUAUUCUGCAAAAGCAACUCCUGACAACUAAUUAUGUUUUUCCAAAUACAAAGUAUAUUCUCUUUAGUGGAAAAUAAAUUAAUAAAUAUAAUCUGUAUUUUUGUUCUCUGUAAUGAAUAAAAAAUAAGAGCUUUUGCUUGGGGGUUUCAGCUUCUUUUAAAAAGGUUUCAAAUGUAAUAAUAAAAACUGAAGAAAUAAGAAUUUGAACUCCUAAAGUUGUGGUAAGUGUAAAAGGUUAGUGUUUUAUUUAUCUGUCAAAUGGAAGUUCUAAAAGAGAAGUCUACUUAUGUUAAAUGUCAGGAAGUGUAGUAGUUUGGACACAUGUCUGUCGUAGAUUAUUCAGAGGCAACUCAGGAUUUUAAGUUGCACAAGAAAUAUUGAACAAACUAUAUAAAACAUUAACAACUUAAUAAACAAAUUUUCAGUAAACAAA